UAAAUGGCUUCUGAAGAUUUAAUUUUUUAUAUGAAAAUCAGAUAUAAAACUGUGGUUGCUAUGUGUACAUUUGCAAAUGUAAAUCCACCCGAGUAUGCCCGUAGACAAGACUCUCAACGGGGAUUAAAUUUAACUGCCUUCAUAAGGAGCUUCAGCACAAAAUUAUCGCCGAGAUGACACCCGCAAAAUGAUCUUUCUGAUGAUCACUCCUGCUGGCGACACUUGAUAAGGCAUGCCUGGGGUAGCAAUCACCAAGGCUCAGAAAAACUGCGCAACAGCCUGGGAGCUAGGACUGAAACUUCUCCACCCCCCUCAGGCUCGGCCUUUCCUAAACCGGGGCGUCUCCUUGGGUGGGAGCAACACUUGCAACUAGCAGCUCCGCUUAGGCAAGGCAAUUUGCCUAGCCACUUGUCCCUUCUCCGUGGUCUCCUCCCAUCCUCCCUCCCCGAAGGCCAAGGACAGCGACGUCCUCCAUCUCCUCCUCUUUGGUGCCUGCGGCCAGGAGGCGGGUGUGACCCUCAGCAGCUGACCCAGCACAGGCACUGCCUCCUCUUCCACAGCCCUCAGGACACACGAUGGGCCCAGAGGCAGGUUUGCAGCACAGCAGCGACGGCGCAGGCGGCGGCCCGGGCGACUCUCAACUGCCUCCCUGACCGCCGCGACCACCGCCCAAUACCCCGAGAAGCCAUCGCUACCCAAGGCAAGAGACUUUAGGGACCCCAAAGACCAUCUUCGUGAUCGACUCAAGCUACGUCAACAACUAUGGCAGGCGAGGGGUGGCGGGCGGAGCGGGUGCGGGAAGAUUGGGGGAUCUACGUCACGCCCAGAGCACCCCUGCGGGAGGGCCGGCGGCGAAUGAGCCCUCAAAAUGGCGGCAGCAGUGACGCGCCUGCGUAUGGAACUCCUUCCCCGUCACGUCAUGGACGGCGGGAAGUGAGGUUCUCAGAAGAGCCGCCAGAAGUGUACGGCGAUUUCGAGUCCCGGGCAACCACAGAAAAGUCCCCGGCGGGAAAACGAAGCCCGCGAGGAGAGUUCCGGUAUGAUUCUGAGAAGGAGGAAGUGAGAGAAAGCACCUACUAUCUUCGAUCUCAGCGGAGGCAGUGGCGACCCCAGGAAGCAGAAGAGAUGAAGACACGAAGGGCUGUUAGCCGACGGCAGCAGCGGCAGAAUUCGCGGCAGUCUCCGCUACAGCCGUCUCCAGUUACGACUAGAAGAGGGAUACGGGACUCUCAUUUCUCUGAAGAGGAUGAACCGUUGUCAUCUUCACAGAGCCACACCCUCUCAAAGAAAAAUAACAGAACACAAGAGACUUCAGUGGUGGGUGAAGAUCCUCUAACUGACCUCUGUAGACCCCCUCUAAGAAGCAAACGAUCUGAUUCGGCAUACAAAACAAAUGGAAAUACUAAAAUGAGUGAAUUAGGUUGGUUUAUCUCUAAUUCUUACAGGUUCUCAUUGAGAGUUACAGGUAUUAGUAAAAUACCAGAGUUAACAUAUAUGGUGAAUAGAGUAUUACUUUGUUCUUUAUCCCUGAUGAAUGGGACACUGUCCCUAAAGGAACUUUCUCAGUUUGAUAAAGGCUAUGAAAAGACCUACACAUUCUGUCAUAAUGAUGAGAAACUGGAUAUUUUUGUACUAGUACGAAAGGUCAAGGAUAUACAAGGAGAUACUGAAGAUGAUGAUCAAAAUAGCUCUGAUAGUGAUGUCUCUACCACUAAUGCCAGAUCCAGGGACUCUAUGGAGUCUGGAGAUCAAACCUCCAGAUCAUCAGGUCAAUAUCCAAAAUUUUGGCAGUCGUCACAAAUCUCAGGAUAUCAAAAAAACUCUCAGGAAUGGGUUGAUCAAACCACAAGACGGAGGUCUAAAAUGCAAAAUGACAGCAUACAGAAAUCAGAGGUUGGCAAUCAGUCUCCAUCAACCUUCAGCCAGUCAAAAGUGAGUGGACAGCCCCAAAAUGCAACUUAUGUCAGUAUGAAAUGGUUGUUGAUAUUAUUUCUUAUUGCAUUUUUGCUACUUUGGAGUUUUUGGUUUAAUCCUCGUGAGGUAGAAACAACUACUGCUGUCCAAGUGUUCCAGAACAAGAUGAAACAACUUAUGAAUAAAUACCAAGGUCAAGAUGAGAAGCUGUGGAAAAGGAGCCUAACAUUCCUGGAGAAACAUCUUAAUAGCUCCCAGCCUCGGCGUCAACCUGCUAUCUUGCUGCUCACUGCCGCCCGAGAUGCUGAAGAAACACUCAGGUGUCUGGGUGAACAAAUUGCUGAUGCCUAUUCUUCCUUCCAUCGUGUCAGUGCCAUCCGGAUUAAUGGGGCAGGCAAAGCUACUGAAGACAGUGAUACUGUCAAACACGAGGUAGAUGAACAACUGAGCAAUGGAUUCAAAAAUGGCCAAAAUGCAGCUGUGGUACACCGCAUCGAGUCAUUGCCUGCAGGCUCUACCUUGAUCUUCUAUAAGUAUUGUGACCAUGAACAUGCAGCCUUCAAAGAUGUAGCUUUAGUCCUGACAGUCCUGUUGGAAGAGGAGACACUUGAAGCCAGUCUAGGCCUAAAGGAUAUUGAAGAAAAAGUGAGGGAUUUCCUCAGAGUCAAGUUUACCAACUCUAACACACCCAGCUCCUACAAUCAUAUGGACUUUGACAAAUUGACUGGGCUCUGGAGCCGAAUUUCUCAUGUAGUUCUGCCUGUGCAACCUGAACAUGACCUGAAAAGGGGCAUCUGCUUUUAAGGGGUAACAUAAAAGAAAAUCAUGUUUCAAGUUGUGAGAAUGUUCAAAUUUCCUAAUUAGAGAUGGACUCAGAGCUCUUUUUGAAAGAACUGUUUUUUUUUUUUUUAAGGAAAUUAAUUUCUUAUGUCAAGAUAGGAAAGCCUUUAUUCAAUUUAAUUAUCUGUUAUUGGAGAAAGAAUCAUUUUCCUAUGUCCAUUGAGAGCUCUGUUAAUGGUUAUCUGAGGACUAUAAAUUAUUUCAGUUCCAUAGAGAAUCUAUUUAGAUUCUGGGUUGAAUCAUUAUUGCUACCCAUGGGAAGGAUUAGGGUCCUUCCAAUGAAUCUUCCCAAUUUUGUAACUUAGAUUUUUCAGUUUGUUGAGUUACUAGUAAGUCAGCUCCCUAAAUGCAGCCAUGGGUUUUCCCAUUUUGUUCUCUUUUACAUCUUUUAGAUGUUAGUUCCUUAGUCAGCUUCUGCUUAAGGAGCAAACGUAAUGAAAGUUCAACUGAGUGUAUAUUUGGAUUUUUUUUCUUUAUUUUUGGAACUUGGGGAGAAGAAAACAAGGGGAAAAUGAGAAAUUGUGAUGUGAAGGCUAACGUGACCGGAAGUGUUCAAGAUGAAAUGUUAAAGUGAGCCACUGAGAUUUAAGUCAAUCAUACGUAGUUAUUUGAACCCCAUUCUCAGUGAUUUCUUUUGGGAUUUGUUUUUUGCAUGUCCUUUUUCUUUAAAAAAAAAAAAGUUUAGUCCUUCCCCUUAGGAGAAUGCUUUUGAAGCAUGUUUAUCACAGGGGUUAGUAGACUUGCUUAUUCAGUUAUUCAGUUAAUUUGGACAUAACCUGAAGCAUUUGUUUGAAUUGAGAAAAUAAUUUCAGGAAUUGGUAAACCAUGUUAACCAACAUUCCUGAGCUGUUGAAGAAUGAUUUCAUUUUCUGAGUGUCCAUCUGUUGCAGUCAACUUCUGCUUAAAGGAACAAAAGUAAUGAAAGGUCAUCUGGGUGUGUUUGAAUGCUCUCAUAAUAGCUAGAUUUACUAUGCACAUGAUAAAUCUUACUUAAGAGUGCCUCAAGCCAAAAAGAGAGUAAAAAUUACCAUAUAUGAGGAAUAUUAAAAAUGUGUAGUGUACAUUUCUGUACUCUAGUUAUUUCAGUUGUAACUUUGCAUCUACAGCUAGGCUUUCAUAUCAGCUACUUGGUUUUUUUUAGAAUCUUAAAAUUCUAGAUAUACUUUUUUUUUGAUCAACAAACCUAUAAGUGAAAAUACUGUUGAUAAAGUACCAUAACCAGUCAUUGACUUUAUAAUUUUGAAGAUCCCAUCACUGGUAGUAGAAUGUGGUAUAGUUUCCUUCAACUAAGGACUACCAGUAGUCAUAUAUUUAUACACCUUAUUGUAAAUUGUUCCUGUCAGAGUCAGGUCAUCUGGUUUAUAGAGGAUUCUAAAACAAAAGUUUUUUUUUAAAAACUUAUUUUAUAACGUAUAUAUUAUAUAAUGAAACAAAUUUUUUAUUAAA